UACCGGCCGGCCGGCCGGACGGCCGCCCCCCGAAACCCGGUUAGGGUUAGUGUUUGAUCAAUUGAACCUACGAGCUGGAGCCUCCGCCGAUCGCGGAGCUCUUCUCUUCGAUCAUGGCGGACGAGCACGCAGAGAAGCCCCAGGUGCCCGAGGGAGGCGGGCUUGUGGCCGGGGAGGUUCCGUCCGAGAGCGGAAGCGGCACUGAGAAAAGGGGACGAGAAGAGGGCGACGAGGAGGACUGUGGUUUGAAGAGACAGAAGGUGGAGGGGUAUUGGGAAGAAGAAAAGACGGAUGGAGUUGACGGAAAGAGGGAAGGUGGAGGCGAUCUGGAGGUGGGCGGGUGUGGGGACGGGAGGGAAUCGGAGGCAGCGAAUGCCGGGCCGAAGGGAUUUAAGUCGUCGGUGGAGAUGUUUGAGUACUUCUUGAAACUUCUCCGUUCCUGGUCGCCCGAUCUGGAUAUCAACAAGUAUGAGCACAUGGUACUGCUGGACUUGUUGAAGAAGGGGCAUCCUGACCCUGCUAAGAAGAUUGGAGCAGGAAUUGAGGCAUUCCAGGUGCGGAACCACCCAACAUUUAAAAGUCGAUGUUUCUUCCUUGUUCGGGCCGAUGGAACUAGUGAUGAUUUUAGCUUCUGUAAAUGUGUGGAUAUGAUACUCCCGAUGCCUGACCACUUGAAAGCCCAGUCAACAUCAGAUAAUGGUAGGGUUUUUUACCACAAAAGAGGCAGCCAUCCAAGGGGAGGUGGCAGAAGCGGUGGUAGAGGCUAUGGAAAGAGAGGUGGUUCUGGGAAAUGAAUCAUAUUUUUUUUGCUUCUUUUCUUUGAAGUAAAAAAUAUCAUAUGAUCUAAUUUCCGUAAAAGGACCGUUUAUGGCGCAUGUGUUGAGUUCUAUAUAGUUUUGCUAAAAGGACCGCACAUGCGUUGAGUUCUAUAUAACAGAACAGAAAACAUCUUUCUAUUUUGUAUGGAUUUUAUUUAUGACAUGUCAUGCAUAAUUUUGAUAUCAAUGUCCGAAAUUUUGGUUUGUGUUA